UGACACUUAAUUGCUUGAACUGACUUGGAUUCUAUUUCCUGUUUUCCUUUAAAUUUUGUAGUUUAAACUCGGUCUGCAUAUCCAACGACUCGAGCCUGUUGUCCGGUGGAUUUGAAGACAGCAGUGUACGUGUAUGGAGCCUCACUCCUAAGAAGCUACGCAUGCUCAAGUCGCCUUCGGAGCUCGCCCUAAUUGAUAAGGAAGCAGAGGACGUACUUGAAAGAAUAAUGGACCACAGAACUGCUGUAGAGUCGAGAAAGUUGAUUGGUCAUUCUGGGCCCGUAUUCUCGACGAGUUUUAACAACGACAACUCCUUUCUUGUCUCCGCUUCUGCCGACAGAACAGUUCGCCUUUGGAGUCUCUACACUUUCAGUUCCUUAGUUUCGUUCAAGGGACAUAACUACCCAGUGUGGGACGUGCAGUUCUGCCCACGCGGACACUACUUUGCAUCAGCAUCACAUGACCGUACGGCCCGACUGUGGAGCACAGACCAACCACAACCACUUAGGAUCUUCGCCGGUCACGUGUCUGACGUCAAUAGGGUCGUCUUUCAUCCGAACUGCAACUACAUCGCCACAGGGUCAUGUGACCGGACCGUCAGGCUCUGGGACAUAAAUACAGGCAGCUCGGUUCGGUUUUUCACGGGACAUAAGGGAGCGAUAUAUUCACUGGCUUUUUCACCUGAUGGCCGUUACCUUGCUUCUUCGGGCGUUGAUAAGCGUAUUCUAGUAUGGGAUCUAGCAGAGGGGACAUUAUUGACAGAGCUAAAAGGACACUCAGACACAGUGUACUCUUUGAUGUUUAGUAGAGAUGGGAAUUUGCUGGCCUCAGGUUUGUUUUGCUUGUGCUUCGAAAGAAGUCAAAGAAAAAAACAAUAAAACUAGUAAAGCCUCUCGUCAUCUUUAAUGACUUCUUUGGCUUAUCCAAGUUAUAGUUUUCAUGUUUUUUAUGGGUAGUGCGCUGUAAGUACAUUACCCACAUUGCCUUAGGCUAUGAGUG